GCUUCAUAAAUCUCGUCGGUUCUGAUCAAAUCUGUCAGAUGGGGAGUUUUAACGAGGCUCUGCUUGUGUUUUAGCCUUCAUUUUUGAUGUAUGUGUGGUUUUCUUAGGUCAUGAGUUGUUCUCAAAACAGUAGAGGGCGCUGUGUCUUUUCUCGUUAGUGUCUGUUCUCACCUUUCCACCCGGAUGUUGCUCUGAGCAGUAACACGUGGAUUAAAACAGAACCUCUUCGCAAUGGACUUCACCACGGAGAAAACGAGCUCACAAGCUUUGCUGUCAUGUGGCAACGGAGCAGGUCUCAGCGAGACGCUCCUCCUAAAGCCGAGGGCUGGCAGACCCCCGCAGACAGAGAGAGUCCCAAGAAGCAAUGUGUUGGAGCGGCUGCAGACCUUCCUUCCUCAGAUGGCUGAGGCCAACGAGAAGCUGAAGCAGCAAAUGGAGGAGGCUCCUGCUGGACGCUUCGACAUAGAGAACGUGGAGGAGACACAGAGGGUGAUAGAGAUGGACGUUGCCUUGGUGGAGCUCAGCGGGUCAGACAGCGCCUCAGAACAUGAAGAGGAGUCGUUGAGUUCUGAGGAGGACUCGGAAUUUGAUGAUGAGCAAGAGAUCACAGAGCAGAACCUUAAACUACCUGGAGACAAAGGCAAGAAGAGGAAGGCCAACAUCCAGGUUCUGGACCAGCAGGGGGAGUAGAUGUGUCACACAGCCGCACAGACUUACAGCUGCGUGUUGAGUUUCUUUUCCCUCUGAGGUGAAGUGGGUAAAACCUCUGCCUCAGGUGUCAAAGGAUUUUAACCCGACUUCACAGACACAGAGGCCGUAAACAGAAAUCUCCUGCAUUGACCUAGACCUGAGUCAUUGCCAUGGAAACGACAGUAAAUGUUAUUUCGAAUGGGUGGAGGUCAUUUUUGUGAAAGUGCCUUUGGAGUCAGAACAAAUGCUGUGAUUACCUCAUCCUGUAUGGCCAACUGCUGAUCAUGUGACCUCUCAUUGUACAUGGAGUGUUCAGGUGUAACACGGUGGAUCAUCUUGUUUUUAUGAGUGUGUUCUUACUGAUGUAAUGUUCAGGCUGUAUUCUUAAACAAGUUAAACCGAACAUGUUAGCCACUUAAAUUAAUCCUGUUAAUUUGUAAUUACAUGACCAUGUUCUCUGGUUAAAUUGAUCUGAUCUUCAGCUUAGUGGCCACUUUAUUAGAUCCACCUUCCUAAUACCAGUUAUAGGAGCCUUCUUUGUCUCCCAGAGCAGUCUGGGUGUCAUGGAGUCAAUGAGGUGCUGGAAAGAGAUUCUGUGUUUAGUGAAAUGGAGCCUUAUUCUGCUGGAAGUAGCCAUUAGAAGAUGGUGGACUGUGGCCAAAGAGGGAUGAACAUGGUCACCAACAGUACUCAGAUACGCUACAGCAUGUAAACCAUGCUCAGCUGGUAGAAAAAUAUUCCCCACACCAUUAAACCACCACCAACUCCAGCAGGGACUGGAUCAUGUGGCAGCAGAAAUCCAGAUUCAUUAGACCAGGGUACAUAUUUGUUGUGCUGUGAGUCUGUUCACUGCAGCCUCAGGUUUCUGUUCUUAGCUGACGAGAGAGGAGCACAGUGAGGUUCCUCUCCUCUGCUGCUGUAGUCUGUCCACUUCACAGUUCAAUAUGUUGUGCCUUCUGAAAUGCUUUACUUGAUUUAUCUUGUGCUUUUCUUUGUGUCACGGGCUGAUUUUAUUUUUCAACUCCUUGAAUUGCUUUAUCUGAGCACCCAGUUCAGUUAGAAACCAUCGUAAUGAGGACGGUGACAGUGACGGUUAUUUGUGAUCAUCUAGUGGUUGAAAUAGCUGUAGACCAGCUGACUUUCACCUUUUGAAAUUCAGAAAGGACUCUGACUCUUAUUCUACCUCUGAUAUUAAACAAUGACAGAAGAGCACAACUAUGAAUUAGUUUUAAUAAUCAGCGCUUAUGUGUAGAGUUCCCAGUUGAGCGGUGUGUCUCUGGACUCCCGGUGGGAGGAAACCUGGAGUGUGAGUUUAAGACAUAUCAGCCUGUGCUCUAUCAAACUCCAGGUUUCCACAUCCUGUUUAAGAGUGUACAUUCAUAUUGAAAAAAGACCCAUCUCAUUGUUGAGGUCAAAUCAGUGAUUGUUUUCCAAACAUUCAUGACGGAGGAUUUAUUGCAGGAUCAGGCUGACUUCACUUUAGCUAGAUGUAUCCAAUAAACUGCCAACUGAGUGUAGUUUAUUAUUCCUUUCCUCUCCCUUGUUCCCCAUUGAGAACCAGCAGGAGCCUUUGUUACACUUGUACAUCAUUCAUACAGUGUCACAAAAUGACACUGUAAGCCGCAGGAUGUAUUAUAAGUUUUCCUGAGAGGUCUCUGUGUGUACUUCUGUCAACUAAGACCAAAUGACUAACCUUUUUUUUGUUUUCCUGUAGAACAGUCAUUGUCUUAAAGAAGAAGAAAAGAGAGUUCAGAAGUGUGUGUGUGUGUGUGUGUGUUUUCAAAGGGGCCCACAGUCAACAGCUGACAGCAGGCUUUAAUGUAUGUUGUAUUCAAGUCUCAAGGCAACUUGUAACUUACAUACAGCAAGGUUAUUUUUUCUCUUUGCGCAUGUGACUGUCUAUGAGCUCACACACAUUAACAGUGAGCACGUAUCAUUUAGUCUCCUGCUGCAGACAUUUUGUUUUUAUUUCUUUGUAUUUGUAAAAUUCAAACAUGCACAUGGAGACUGCAGCUUAUUCCAGUGUAUAAGACAUCCAUCGUGUAACUGUGGUUCAGUCUCGGCUCUGUGUGUUCGUCAUUAUCUCCUCUUUUAUUGACACCAGCUUUACUUUCUCAGACUCCAUGUUGUAAAGCAAGAAAUAAACAGUUGUAUUACUUUAAAUAAAUUGCAGUGCUACAUCCCUCUGAGUGACUGAGUGAUGAAGUUUCACCAUUGGUCGACCGAGUGAUAGACUUUUCCCAUUUCCCAAAAUGAUUUGGCGCAAACAUUUUCUGUUUCAUCAGGGUACUUUUACAGUGGACCACAACAGUUUUACUUUUCAGACCCUUUAGUGACUAGAAUCCCCCUCCUCGUGGUUUUCUGCCUCCUCCACUCAGAUUAGUUUCAGGUUACAUCCCUGUUUAUCCAGAGUCACAUACAAUAUGAACCAUUUGUGUGAAAAUUCAUCAUAAUUGCUGUGUGAAGUCUUGAGUAAUGGCUAAAAAGUGUUUUGUGAGGUCACACUGACCUUGACCUUUGACCACCAACAUCUAAUCUGUUCAACCUUAAGGCCAAGUGAAUGUUUGUCCCAAACUUGAUUAAAUUCAGUCAAGGUGUUACUGAGAUAUUGUUUCAACGAGGAUGAGACGGACAGACAUCGGAGGCAUAAAAAAAAAAAAUAAAAAUCUAGAAUCUAGACUGUGUGGGCAAAACUUUCUACAGAAGAGAGUCUCCAGUGCUUCUCUCUCUCUGUGUCAACUCUAUCUCUGUAAUAACAAGCAAUUGCUAAAAUGAUAAAUAAAUACAAAAAAUAAUAAUA